AUGGUUUCCGAACCUGUCUUCGAACUUGCCAUCGCCGUGAGUAACUCGUGGCUCCAUAAGUGUCUCAACGAUCACAAUUCGUGCGCGAAGAAGGCACGCCAUGCUCAUAUAUUUUGUACCGACAAUCAGCAUCUCAUCAAUGAUCUCAAAGGCGAUGGACUGGUACCAUCGCGAUUACUGGCAUUUCCAAAGAUUGUGCCAUCAACCGGCGAGCCAGACAUGGUGAAGCUGGUCCUCUCCACGGAACUCGGCGAACGUACACAAUACGUUGCACUCAGCCACCGCUGGGGCUCGCCUGGGUCUUCGCCUCCCCGUACCCUGAAAUCCAACAUCAAAGGUCACGUUGAAGAUGGUAUUCGCUAUGAGGAUCUACCUCAAACGUUCCGGGACACGAUUGACGUUACAAGAGCAUUGGGUUACGAAGUCUUAUGGAUCGACUCAUUAUGCAUCAUCCAAGAUUCUGCCGAAGAUUGGAAAAAUGAAGCAAGGCGUAUGGCUAUCAUUUACGAUAACUCCGUUCUGACAAUCGCCGCAAUGGAUGCAGAGGAUAGUAGUCAAGGUCUAUCUCCAAAAAGAGGCGGAUGCCUUAGUACCCUAGAAUCGAGGGCUUGGGUCUGUCAGGAAAGGAUGAUUGCACCGAGGACACUAAUGUUCACGAAGGGCUCCGUGGCCUGGGAAUGUCGUCAAGCAACCGCUAGCUUGGACUCCCCUGCCUUCGCCGAAGGGCAUGGAGGCACCGUGGUAGAUUGCGACCACGAGGGCUGGGUACCUCCGACGCGUCCGAAAGCCAUCUUCGCUUUCUUUCGUGAUUGGCGUCUUCCUCCCCUGCGGAAGGAGUCGGAUGGUUAUGAGUCUGAAUCUACUGAUUCUGGACAAGACAUCAAUGUUGAGGAUGCUACAACGGGAACAUCCGCACUUCAAAUGCAGAUCUCACCUGCGGUGGAACAAAAUCUCGAUGUGCAGGCACAGCCGGCAGAAAAAACUAACAGCGAAGGCCAGCUUGCAGAAAUUGUCUCACCAGCUACAGCAGUUGAAGGGACCUUGCCUGACUUUACUUGGUCUGAUGAUGACCCUCCAAUCAAGAUUUGGAAUGUAGCACCCCCAGAAGGCGAAUCAGGUGUUUAUUACGAUCAGAAAAGCAACGAGAUAUACAUGUGUUAUGGCGACGACUUAGCAGCACAUGCCGCCAACUUACUCAGCCAAAAGGACCUGCCUGCCUGUUUCAUCACGCUCUUCGAUAAGUCCUCGAAGGAUGGUAAAGACCUCUUCGGAAGCUUUCGAGUUGACGUGCAGAAACUUUUACGUCCGGAAUCUUCAUAUGAGCCGUUCAUGAGGGUGUGGUGGAAUUUUCUCGCCCUAUACACACCACGAAACUUAACCUACGAUAGCGAUGCCUUCCUCGCCAUGAAUGGAAUAACUUCCAUCUCACAAAAAUGGACGCAUACCCGCAAUUCUUUCGGGCUAUGGUUCAACUUCUUGCAAUUUGAGCUUUGUUGUAUAAGAGGAGGCCUGGUGCGCAAUGCUUUCUGGCAGCAGAAUCUCAGGCGGGGGAGUCUGAUGAUCAAGCCUGAAAUUGUAAGCGCAUCAGGCACGGCAUUCGAUAUGCCACUGCCUUUUCCAGCCUGGCGCAAUAGCCGCUACCAUAACCUGGAGUUGAAAGGUAAUUUGCGUGCCUCCAAGCUCAGACGCGUACAGACAGCAGAGGGGAAAACUUUGUUCGAGCUCGAUAUCGAACCCACAGGCCGGUUCUCAGACCACGAAGUCCAUACCUUCCAUCCGGAUUGCCCAUUGGAGAUUCCUCUGGGUGAAGAAAUCGGCGUAUGGACUUUCCAUAUGUGGCACUUUGCUGCCGACGAGGAAGCUAACAGCAAUGGCCAGUGUCUUGAUAUCCAUCUAUUAUUGAUAAGCCUGGGAAAUAACGACUGGGUGAGCCAUUAUGGACCGAGUACCAUGGAAAUGGAGCACCUCGAAGAUGAACGCACAAUGCCAAUUGUAAGGGCGCCGCCUGACAUGGUUCCUCGCUCAACUGGCUAA